ACUUGAGAGACAGAAACAAGACAAAAACAAAAUCAUUUCGAGUAGAAAGAGAUAACGUUUGAAACGUCCGACUCCGAGUUUCCAUCUGAAUAACCGUACGUACACUAUCAACUGGCCGACGCCACUUCACUCUACCAGUAACAGAAGCAGCGGCGCAGCAAUGUCGAGGGAGGAGGCGGAAACGGCGGAAAAUGAAAAUAAUUGGGGGGUGGAGGAGGAGGAGGAGGAGCAGUGCCGUCUGUACGAAGCCUACAACGAACUCCACGGCCUUGCGCAGGCCUUCGACACUCCAUUCGACGCUCCAGCGGUGCUUGUGGUGGGCCACCAGACCGACGGCAAGAGCGCCUUGGUGGAAGCACUCAUGGGGUUCCAGUUUAACCACGUCGGCGGCGGCACCAAGACCCGCCGCCCCAUCACCCUUCACAUGAAGUACGAUCCCCACGCCCAUUCCCCCGUCUGCCGCCUCCUCCUCCCCUCGGAUUCCAGUUCCGAUUACGAAAAGCCUCUCUCGCUCCAAGAAAUUCAAGCCUACAUUGAAGCUGAGAACAUGAGGUUGGAGACGGAGCCUUGUCUCUUCUCCUCCAAGGAGAUCAUAAUUCGAUUGGAGUACAAGUAUUGCCCAAAUCUUACCAUUAUCGACACUCCUGGACUAAUCGCUCCUGCUCCUGGUCCAAAGAAUCGAGCUUUACAGGGCCAGGCUCGUGCUGUCGAAGCACUUGUACGAGCGAAAAUGCAGCAUAAAGAGUUUAUAAUUUUGUGUCUUGAAGAUUGCAGUGACUGGAGUAAUGCAACUACAAGAAGGGUUGUAAUGCAGAUUGAUCCCGAGCUCUCAAGGACUGUGAUUGUCUCAACAAAACUUGAUACCAAAAUACCCCAGUUUUCUCGUGCCUCGGACGUGGAAGUAUUUCUCUCACCUCCCACUUGUAUGCUCGAUGGGUGUAUCUUGGGUGAUUCUCCCUUUUUCACUUCUGUGCCCUCUGGAAGAGUUGGUGUUGGCCAAGAUUCGGUUUACAGAUCUAAUGACGAGUUCAAAAAGGCAAUAUCAUUAAGAGAGAUGGAAGAUGUUGCAAGCUUGGAGGAGAAAAUGGGCCGGUCACUGUCAAUGCAAGAAAGAAAUCGAAUAGGUGUAAGCAAACUUAGGUUGUUUUUGGAAGAAUUGCUACAGAAAAGGUAUAUGGAUAAUGUGCCACUAAUCAUUCCACUUCUUGAGAAGGAGCUCCGUAGCGCAACAAGAAAGAUGAAUGAAAUAAAUCAAGAACUCAGCACUUUGGAUGAACCAAAACUAAAGGAGAAAGGAAGAAUAUUUCAUGAUCUGUUCUUGACAAAGUUAUCAUUGCUACUAAAAGGAACAGUUGUUGCACCUCCAGAUAAAUUUGGUGAAACGCUACAAGAUGAGAGGACUAAUGGAGGGGCAUUUGUUGGCAGUGAUGGCCUUCAGUUCCCUUACAAGCUUAUACCUAAUGCAGGAAUGCGUCUAUAUGGGGGUGCACAAUACCAUCGUGCCAUGGCUGAGUUCCGUUUUGUAGUUGGAGGUAUAAAAUGCCCUCCAAUUACGAGGGAAGAAAUUGUAAAUUCAUGUGGAGUGGAAGAUUUACAUGAUGGAACAAACUACUCAAGGACAGCUUGUGUAAUAGCUGUUGCAAAGGCACGUGAUACGUUUGAGCCUUUCCUUCAUCAGUUAGGUUGUAGGCUCUUGCACAUUCUGAAGAGAUUACUUCCUAUAUCAGUCUAUCUUCUUCAGAAAGAUGGUGAGUAUUUAAGUGGCCAUGAGGUGUUUCUGAGGCGUGUUGCUUCUGCUUUCAAUGACUUUGCAGAAUCUACCGAAAGGGCUUGUCGUGAAAAAUGCAUGGAGGAUUUAGUAAGCACCACCCGUUAUGUGACCUGGUCUCUUCACAACAAGAAUCGAGCUGGGUUACGUCAAUUUUUAGACUCUUUCACUGGAACAGAACAUGCCACGACAGGUGGUAGUGGUGCAUCUGCUGGUCUUUCUCAAGAUUCAUCCUUUGGGUCAGUCACCAGUGAGAAGGAUACAAAGUCACAGGGAGAUGUGAAGCUCAGUCAUGUGGCAUCUGGCACGGAUUUGACAUCUUCUAUUCAUUCAACAGAAACAAGGCUGGCUGAUCUUUUAGAUAGUACACUUUGGAAUAGGAGGCUUGCUCCUUCAUCUGAAAGGAUCGUUUAUGCUUUGGUGCAGCAGAUAUUUCAUGGCAUAAAGGAAUAUUUCUUAGCCUCUGCAGAAUUGAAGUUCAACUGCUUUCUUCUGAUGCCUGUUGUAGAUAAGUUGCCUGCACUGCUUAGAGAAGACUUAAAAUCUGCUUUUGAGGAUGACUUGGAUAAUAUUUUUGAUAUCACCAAUCUGAGACGCUCAUUAGGCCAGCGAAAGCGAGAUGCAGAAAUUGAGAUUAAAAGGAUCAAGAGGCUCAAUGAUAAGUUCAGAUCACUACAUAAGCAGCUUAGUUCGAUUCAAGCGAUUACUGCCUUUUCCUGACUACCAUUGAUAUCGGAGGUCAAAUUCGUUGGAUAAGUUCUUUUCUUUUUGAUAGUUUGCUUAUGAUAAUGACAUGUGUGGUGGCUUAGAGAAGUUUAUUGGAACAAUCUUACAUGUUUAUCUGGACAAGAGGAUUCUAUUUCAUUGCGUGGACCAUGUUUUGUAAACUAUAAUUUCUCGUUUACACUUGAGUCAUGCUUUCGUUGCUAUCUAGGAUGGAUUGAUGUCGACUUGUGUCAUCUUCAAUUCACAUCACUUGUUUGUUAGUUUAA